AUGAAAUUAUAUUCCAAAAGUUUCGGUACAAGGCUACAAUUUUCUUACUUUUCUUAUGAUUAUAAAAGACGUGGAUAUCUAUUAAAUUUAGGACAUAAUAGAAAAUGGACUAAUUUAGAAGAUAAUAUACUCUUAAGGCGUGCUAUUAUGUGUGGUUUUAAACAUUGGGGUGUAAUUUCUCGUGGUUUAUAUAAAAGAAAUUCAUUAGAAUGUUUUUAUCGUUGGAGAAAACUUCGAGUUUUAAUAGAUUGGUCUUAUACAAAAAAUUUUUUCUUUACUAUUAACGAAUUGAAAACUUUUUGGAGAUUAGUAUCUAAAUAUGGAACCGCCUGGAAAAAAAUUUCAGAAAAUUUUCAAAAUAAAUCAAUAACACAAUGUAAAGAACUUUAUCAUGAUAUGCAAAGAUUUUCAAUUAUAAAUAAACAACUUGCACCUGUGAGUUAUAAAAAAAUUUCAGAUAUAGUACAAAAAGUUGAACAAAAAGAAGAUAAUUUAAAGGAGAAUAAAAAAAAGAUAAUUUGGUUGACUGAUGAAGUCAAAAAAUUAAAGAGUCUUGUGAGAGAACAAUCAUUUAAUGAUGUUAACUGGCGUAAAAUAGCGAUCAAAUUUCCAGGAAAAAGUCCAUAUCAAUGUAGAGAUAAAUGGAAAGGAACGUGGGAUGAAAUAGAAGAUCAAGUUCUCAAGGAUAUAGUGAAAAAAUACGGAGAUGAUUGGGAAACAGUAGCUGAACAUAUUGAUGGACGAACACCAAACAUGUGCCGAGAUAGAUGGCAAAUAAUUAAUCCAGAUAAAGUUAAAUAUAAAAGAUUUUCAGAAAUGGAACGACAACUUUUAGAAUAUAUUAUAGUUAAUGAGUGUCCUUUAUGGAGAGGAAGAAGAAUUAAUUGGAAAUAUAUAUCAGAAAAAUAUUUUCCGAAUCGUAGUAAUAUAGAAUUACUAGAUUAUUGGAGACAUUAUCGUAAUCCCAAUAAUUGGACUCAAGAGGAAGAUGAAUUACUUCGUCAGGAAAUGAAAGAAUAUAGUGGACCACCUGAAAGUAUGUGGGAAAAUAUUUCUAAAAGCAUAAUCGGACGAACAGCAUAUCAAUGUCGUGAAAGAUGGUUUCAUGCAGCAAACCCUGAGCUCAAAUUUGGACGUUGGAAAUUAGAAGAAUGUAUUGCAUUAAUUAAUGAGAUUAAACGGCAUGGAAAACGAUGGAACAUAAUUAGCAUGAAUUUAAAACGACCAUACCAUAAUGUAAGGAAAAAAUAUAGGAAUAUGGUAAAAUAUAAUGAUAGAUUCAUCAAGACUUUGCGACAUCAAGAACUGACAGAUCCUGAUGAAUUGAAUGCAAAAUAA